CGGCCAAGCCCAUAUAUUAAUACUAGUACUAUCAAACAUCAUCACAAAUUCACAAUACACCUCCAAUGAACACCAAAGAUGAUAUUCAACAACUGAAAUCAUCCCUCCCAAAAGAGCUAUGGUUUAAUUCAUACCCCAUGUAUUUAUACCAAAAUUGUUGGAACAUAAUUCUAGAUUCCACAAUUGCCUGCCAAAACCAUUUCCAAGCUCAAGACACAGAUAUCAUCAUAGCUAGCAUCCCUAAAACAGGCACAACAUGGCUCAAAGCUUUACUUUUCUCAAUCUUCAACCGCAAAAAUCACCCAAUUUCUGAAUCCCCUUUACUUAAACACAACCCCCAUGAAUUAAUCCCACAACUAGAAUCCAUAAUCUAUGAAAAACCAGAAAACCCAAAUCUUAGUCUCCUUGAAAUAUGCCCAAAACUUUUGGGCACCCAUCUCCCUUUUCAAUCACUACCCACUUCAAUUAAGCACUCUAAUUGCAAGAUUAUAUACGUAUCAAGAAACCCUUUUGACACUUUUAUAUCAUCUUGGUUAUUUUACUUGAACUAUGAUGAGAAUGAAAGUGUAAAAUCUGAUAUGAUAGAGGAAUAUUUUGGCAAGUUUUGUGAAGGGAAAUUCCCAUUUGGCCCUUUUGAAGAUCAUGUAAUUGGGUAUUGGAAGGAGAGUUUGGAGAGGGCAGAAAAGGUAUUUUUUGUCAAAUUUGAAGAUUUGAAGGCAGAUCCUAAGGUUGAGUUGAAGAAAUUGGCGGAAUUUGUGGGAUGUCCAUUUUCUGUGGAUGAGGAGAGAGAAAAUGUUAUUGAUGAAAUUAUAAAAUUGUGUAGUAUUGACAAGUUGAAAGAAGUGGAGGCUAAUAAAAGUGGGAGAGUGUAUUCUUUCAUUGAGAAUAAGUGGUUUUUUAGGAAAGGGGAAGUUGGUGAUUGGGUUAAUUAUUUGAGUCCUUUAAUGGUGGAAAGGUUUAAGAAAAUCAUGGAUGAAAAAUUUGCAGGUUCUGGGUUGGAAAUCUAAGUACAGAUUACUGUGUGUUUUUGCAUCAUUUUGUUUGAAAUGUACUGUAUUUGAUUUGGUUUUCUUGAUGAUGUACCAGUACUAGCAGCCCCACCCCACAUAUACUCUGUAUAUAAUGCUCAGCAAUUUGAAUUGGUAUUGCAGUGAGAGUUUUGCUUGAAUGUUUUGAUCCAAGUAUCCAAUCACACUAGGGAAUAGGGAUGGCAAUGGCGCGGGGUGUUAUUCAAAUAGUAUAGCUUUACCCAUAUUCACUUAACAGAGCUAAAUUUUGAUCUUGUGCAUAUGUGUGUUUUUAAAUUUGUAACUCGUGACUUAAGUACGAAUAUAUUUUUGAUCUGCAUUUUCCAUUUUUAA